CAACAACAACAAUGGCUGUUGACAAUUAUCGUCACUUAUUUAAAGUUAUUUUAGAUUUUAGCAAGCACGGAGUGUGUACAUACUUAAAGACUUUUAUCCAUAUUACCCUCAAAAGAGGGGUGUUCCUAACAGAGGAAGCUCAUACGAAGAAAAGAAGUGGUUCACCAGGAAUGCUCAAGCUCCAAAAGUGUGCAUGUCAGAAUAUUCACUAUGGUGUAUUCAUGCUAACACUUUUACCAUGUAUUAUACAUGCAGAAUAUUUGUAUGAGAGUUCUUCGUUGCAGGAGAUGUACGGUUCUGAAAAAGGUCUCAUGACGACUGCCUUGUUUCGUGUUGCAGCAAUGGAUAAGAAGCCGUCUACAGCUUCAAAGAUCACCUUCUUUGUCAGCUCCUUUAUUGAGUGCCUUCUUUUAUGUCGCCGAUACAACAAUUGCGCAUUGGUGACAUUUGAAAAAGCGCCGAAUACAUGUAAACUGUUCACAAUGUAUGCUACAAGCAGUGCUCUUGUCGAGGAACCUGGUAUUGUGAUUUCCGUUAUUGUAUGAUAUUAGAAUGAAAGUCUCCGAUCAAAUUUCGUUUGUUCGAUCUUGAAAAUACAGUGUGUGAAAGCUAUCACUGACAAAAAAAAAAUCACAUUUUUUAAAAAUCAUAAGAAAUCAAUGAAUGUUCUGAAAGUUUCAAAAAUGAU